AUUUUGAUGGCGUGUCAAGAUGCUUGUUUGUUGUCAUGGCGAUUCGUUGCCAUAGAAACCCGUGUGCUGUGUCACGAGCGCAGUAUAGUGAGUGCGGCUAGUGAGAAAUAAAGUCAGUCCUGUUUCAGUGAUACAGACAUGAAGAGCCUCUGUGUGUGUAAAAUCUGCAACUGUGGACGCCACUUUUGCAUACGAGAGCCCACAUCACUCUACAUUAAGGACAGCCAGGGUGUUGAUGUGAGUGAGUACACUGAGAAAUACCCAGGCUAUAAGAACUGUUAUCCACCCAAGAGUCUUAAACCCAAACAUGAAGUACAGAAGAUCUCUGAACCGAUGGAGGACAUCACGACCUUUAGGUCUGAUUUCGUUCCUUAUGAAGUCACCCGUCGCCCAGUCAAAAAAAAGGUUGAAUACCAACCUUUUCCAGGCAAGAUUGACUUGUCCACUACAUACAAGCUGCAGUUUACCCCUUAUGAGAUAAAGCCUGUUUUCCCACGGCGCCCAAAGGAGAUGAUUCGAGGUGCUAAAGGAACAAUGGACACCGUACCAACCUAUACAGAACAUUUCUGUGUGUGGGAUAUUAACAAGCGGGAGUCCCUCAAACCAAAGGUGGCCUACCAUCCACCAACUGAGAAGUUUGGAAAUGCCACAACAUUCCAGGAUGAUUUUAUUCCUCGAGGUCUAGUUCCACGUGAGAGCUUUAAACCUGAAACUUUAACCAAGCUGUCUGAUGCUCCAUUUGAUGGAGUGACCACUAACCAGCUGAAUUAUGUCCCUCACCCAUUGGAUUUGCAUUUAGUCAAAGCUCCUCAUGAGUACAAACCCAGUGACCAGCCUUUCCAAGACCUCACAACACAGCGGCAUGACUUCCAGGGCCUUCCAGGCCAAAUGCCCAAGAGCUGCAAGCCUGAAUACAGCAGAAUAUCCUAUGAUACCCCCUUCCAGAGCAGCACUGAGUUUCGAGAUAGAUUCCAGCCGUGGGAUACAUCUCCACCCUAUCUGCACAAAGCAGUACAUAAGUAUGUGACUCCUACAGAACAAAUGGAUAUGACCACAACAACUGGCACAACCUACAUCGAACACCAUAUCCAGCCAUUCAUCCCUGUUAGGCCUAAGUCUAGGCCAACUUGUUCUUCUGAACCUUUCGAUGGCACUACCACCAUGAAGGAGGACUUUAAACCCUGGAAAGCCCAGCGCCGAGAACUAAUCCGCCAGCCCCAGGAAAUCCACAGAGGCAGUGGAAAGAUGGAGGACACAACCACCUUUAAGGCCCACUUCAUCCAGCACCAGCUGCAGCCAAAUAUUAGCUGCAAGCCAGAUACUGCCCCACUGCGGAGCGAAGAACCCUUCGAUGGUGAUACCACAUACCGCAUUGAGUUCACUCCCAAAAAGAGCAGUGUGUGUCCAGCCAGCUUUGAGACAAUACCGGGGUUUGUCUUUGAAAGGGUUGAUGAAAGAGGUCACAGGUUCUUCCGUGAACUGAGCUCCGAGGAGCAGAAGUGUGCAGAGUGUGAGCUGUAG